ACAGAGCUUUAUUUUGUAUUCACCGGUGCUGCCUCAGAUUGAUUUUUCAGAUUGCCCACUAACAUUUCUUUUACCAUUCUCUUAGAGAAUGCUGAUCUACAUCAAUCCUCAUUUUCCACAUGGAUAAACUGAGGUCCAGAGAGGGUAAGAAGAUUGCCCAAAGGCACAGAGGGAGAGUGUGGCAGUGCUGGAAAACACCAUAGCAAUCCACCUCAUCCCAGAAGGGCUCCGUGAGCUUCCCACCACCCUGCACCCUCUGUCCUUCCAUCCCAGUUGUGUGUCCCUUCGGAACUCUGCAGCAUGGAGUCGGUCAACAGGACAAGGGUGUCUGAAUUCUUUCUGAAAGGAUUUUCCAGCUACCGUCUGGAGCGCCUGCUCUUCCCUCUGUGCUCAGCCAUGUACCUGGUGACCCUGCUGGGGAACGCAGCCAUCGUGGUGGUGAGCACGCUAGACGUCCGCCUGCACACGCCCAUGCACUUCUUCCUGGGCAACUCCAUCCUAGACAUCUGCUACACGUCCACCUUCGUGCCCCUGAUGCUGGUUCACCUCCUGUCAUCCCAGAAGACCAUCACCUUGACUGGCUGUGCUAUCCAGAUGUGUCUGAGCCUGUCCACGGGCUCCAUAGAGCACCUGCUGCUGGCCAUCAUGGCCUACGAUUGCUACCUGGCCAUCUGCCGGCCACUCAGGUACCCCGUGCUCAUGAGCCGCCGGCUCUGCUUGCCGCUGGUGGGGGACACCUGGGCCCUCUGCCUCCUCAAGUUGGUGACGUAGACAGUCAUUACCAUGAGGCUGCCCUUCUGUGGCCGCCACGUGGUCAGUCACUUCACCUGCGAGAUCCUGGCAGUGCUGAAGCUGGCAUGCGGCAACACGUCACUCAGUGAGGCCUUCCCGCUGGCUGGCGCCAUCCUGCUGCUGCUUGUCCUCACGCUUAUCCUGGCCACCAUCCUGAGGGUACCCUUAGCCACCGGGCGCCACAGAGCCUUCUCCACCGGCUCAUCACAGCUGGCUGUUGUGCUGCUUUUCUACGGCACCAUCAUCUUCGUGUACAUGAAACCCAAGAACAAGGAGGCCCACAUCUCUGACGAGGUCUUCACGGUCCUCUACGCCGUGGUCACACCCAUGCUGAACCCCGUCAUCUACAGCCUGGGGAACAAGGAGGUGAGGGAGGCCGGCAGGAAGGUGUGGAGCAGCCCAGGGCCUGGAGCCUCCCCGUUCCCACCUUGCACCCCCAUGUCCCCACCCCCGGAAGCAGCAGCAGCAGCUGCCAGUGCCCACUGCCUGGCAUCCAGGCCUCCCCUGGCUUUGGGAGGCUUUACCCCUCCUUGCCCGACCCCCACCACCCUGCCUAGCUGCCCCUUCCUGGUGCUCAGUAUCUUCUCAACUUUCCUUUCUGAGAACUCAGUGGGGACAGACCCAGAUUCACACAGCAUUUCCAUCCCUGCCCUGCCUUUGCCUCAGUGGCACCAUCUGAACAAUGGAAGAGCUAGGUUCGGCCUCCAAGCAGCAGUCCAGCUCACCUGCACCUGGCUGCAGAUCCUUACAGCAACCCGGAAAGGAGACAACCCAUUUCACAGCCCAGACACCCAGGUCCAGCGGAGGGGAGUCCAAGGGACAGGAUUACAGCAAGAUCCAGUCUUCAGAUUCUCUGUCCAGCGUCUCUCCUGUGCCUACCUCACCUCUGCAGGGCCAAGGAACCCAGAAUCUCUGAAGUCUGCGUCCCACGGCUGCCAAACUUCAGAUUUCGUGUAG